AUGUUGCUCCGCUGCCGGCCCCCCCCCUGCUCCUCCUCCACCUGUGGGACCCUCCUCUGGCUCCUGCUGCUCCUGCAGACCCCCCGGUCCUCCUCUCCGCUCAUCACAGGUACCGAGGCCAGCUGUGACAACGAGGGAGAAGUCCUCCACAUCCCCAACAUCACAGACAACCCCUGCAUCACCUGCGAGUGCCUGGAUGGGAAGGCCGACUGCAAGCAGGAGAAAUGUCCGCUGGUGUCUGAGGACUGUGCUCUGGUGGUGAAACAGACGGGAGCGUGCUGCGAGAGGUGUAAAGGUUGCACGUUUGAUGGACGAUCGUACAACAGCUCAGUUUCCUGGACCACGUCCACCAAGCCCUGCGUCACCCGGAGAUGUCAGGAAGGUGUCGUCACUGAAGCUGAGGUCCAGUGUGUCGUCCACUGUAAAAACCCAAAGAUCCACCCGAAGAAGUGCUGCCCCACCUGCCCCACUUGUAUCUUCGAGGGUCGACUGUACAAAGAGAAGGAGGAGUUCAGUCCAGAGGGGAAGUCCUGCAUCAAGUGCACGUGCACUGGAGGGCGGACUCUCUGCAUGAGGGAGGUGUGUCCUGUCCUUUCAUGCCCCGCCCACCUCAGCCACACCCCGCCUGGUCACUGCUGUCCCAGAUGUCUCGGCCAGAGGAAGGUGUUCGAUCUGUCUCUAGGAAGUUGUCUGUUCCACAGUGAAGUCUACGAGAACGACACGUCCUUCAUUCACGACAACUGCACCAGCUGCAGCUGCAAGGACUCAACAGUGGUGUGCAAGAGGAGGUGCUCGCGCUCGGGCAGUUGCCAGGGCGACGGGUGCUGUGAGGACUGCUUGUCCUACGUGAAGGUGGAGGAGGUGAAGUACUGCAGAGUCCGCAACAAGAUCUACAGGGAAGGAGACAUGUGGUCCUCAGUGAACUGUUCCCUCUGUGCCUGUGUGAAAGGAAACAUCGAGUGUCGACCCAAACACUGUGUGCCAAUCACCAGCUGCCCCUCGAAUAAGAUCCUGAACAGAACCGGCUGCUGUCCCGUCUGCACUGAAAAGCCGGGGGUCUGCACGGUGUUCGGGGACCCUCACUACAACACCUUCGACGGGAGGACCUUUAACUUCCAGGGCACGUGUCAGUACGUCCUGACCCGGGACUGCGGCGGCGUCUCCACCGGGAGCCCGGGGAACAUCGUCAACAAGCCCGACUCCGGCUUCACGGUGCUGGUGAGGAACGACGCCCGGCGGACGCGCUCCUUCUCCUGGACGCAGUCGGUGGAGGUGCGGCUGGGGGGGCAGGGGGGGGGGCUGGUCCUCAGCCUGCACCAGCACCUGACGGUGCGGAGGAACGGAACCCGCAUCGCUCUGCCCUACCACGGCCCGGGGGUGCACAUCGACCUGGACGGCUACCUGCUGAAGCUCACCACCAUCGCAGGUCUGGAGAUCACGUGGGACGGCGACAGCUUCGUGGAGGUGGUCGCCGCCCCCCACCUGCGUGGACGCCUCUGUGGUCUCUGUGGAAACUACAACGGCCACAAGCGGGACGACACCAUGGGCGGCGACGGCCAGUUCAAGUUCGACGUGGACGAGUUUGCCGAGUCGUGGCGGGUGGAGGGGAACGAGGUUUGCACCCAGCAGCACCCCCCCCGCCGGCCGACCUCCUUCCUGUGUCCGGGCAGCGUCAAGGUCAAGUUCCGUGCCCACAGGGAGUGUCAGAAGAUCAAGUCCUGGGAGUUCCAGAAGUGCCACCGUGUGGUCGACUUCGGAACUUUCUACAGGUCGUGUGUGACGGACAUGUGUGAGUGUCCGGUUCAUAAGAACUGUUACUGUGAGUCGUUCAUCGCCUACAGCCGGGCCUGCGAGCGGGAGGGCGUGCCCGUGCUGUGGAGGCCGGACACGGCCUGCAUGGCCACCCAGUGUAAACACGGCGCUGUGUACGACACCUGCGGCCCCGGCUGCACCAAGACCUGCGACAACUGGAACGAGAUCGGGCCGUGCCACCGGCCGUGCGUGGCCGGCUGCCACUGCCCGGCCAACCUGGUGCUGUUCCAGGGCCGCUGCAUCAAACCCACUUCCUGCCCCGGGCGGUGA